GCAGGGGCCGACCGGUCAAAAGCACUGCUGCUCCACACCACCCCACCAUCCCCAUUCCCCAACCCCCAAAGCCGAGCCAGCGAGCGAACCACCCCGCCCGCAGCCGCAAGCAAGCAGGCAGGAGCCGCCGCCUCCUCGGCCUCUCGGCGGCGUGUGACCGGCUGACCGACCGUUCCGUCCAGCCCACCAUGGAGGCGCCGCCGGGACCGGAGCCCAUGGAGCUCGACGCGCCCCCUCCCGCCGCCGCCGAGGCCGCGGCGGCGGUUCCCCCCGCCGGGAGCGACAAGAAGAAGGAAGGGGAAGGGGGAGACGCUGUUACGGGUCAUAUCAUCUCCACCACCAUCGGUGGGAAGAACGGCGAACCGAAGCGGACCAUCAGUUACAUGGCAGAGCGUGUCGUGGGUACAGGCUCAUUUGGGAUCGUCUUCCAGGCUAAGUGUUUGGAGACCGGAGAGACCUUCGCCAUCAAGAAGGUGCUGCAAGAUCGGCGAUACAAGAACCGGGAGCUGCAACUUAUGCGUGCCAUGGAGCACCCCAACGUCAUCUGCCUGAAGCACUGCUUCUUCUCGACAACAAGCAGGGAUGAACUGUUUUUAAACCUGGUCAUGGAAUUUGUCCCAGAGACCCUAUACCGAGUCCUGAAGCACUACAGCAACGCGAACCAGAGGAUGCCUCUUAUCUAUGUUAAGCUGUACAUGUAUCAGCUUUUUAGAGGCCUAGCUUAUAUUCAUAAUGUACCAGGUGUCUGCCAUAGGGAUGUAAAGCCCCAAAAUGUUUUGGUUGAUCCUCUCACUCACCAGGUCAAGCUCUGUGACUUUGGUAGCGCAAAAGUCCUGGUUCCUGGUGAACCGAACAUAUCUUAUAUAUGUUCUCGUUAUUAUCGUGCCCCGGAGCUCAUAUUUGGCGCAACGGAGUAUACUACUUCAAUAGACAUAUGGUCAGCUGGUUGUGUUCUAGCUGAGUUGCUUCUUGGUCAGCCACUGUUUCCGGGAGAGAGCGCAGUUGAUCAGCUGGUAGAGAUUAUCAAGGUUCUUGGUACUCCAACCCGGGAGGAGAUAAGAUGCAUGAAUCCCAACUAUACUGAGUUCAGGUUUCCUCAGAUAAAGGCUCAUCCGUGGCACAAGAUUUUCCACAAGAGAAUGCCUCCUGAAGCUAUAGACCUUGCUUCCCGUCUCCUUCAGUAUUCACCAAGUCUUCGCUGCUCUGCUCUUGAUGCAUGUGCUCAUCCCUUCUUUGAUGAGCUGCGGGCGCCGAAUGCGCGCCUACCAAAUGGCCGUCCAUUCCCUCUGCUCUUUAACUUCAAACAUGAACUAGCAAAUGCAUCUCCGGACCUCAUCAACAGGCUUGUACCGGAGCACAUUAGACGGCAGAACGGUGUCAACUUCGGGCAUGUUGGGAGCUAGGAGGGCAGGCGUUGCGAUGGUCGAGUUUUUGGUCUUGGUUCCCCAUGUGCAGGGCCGAUGCAAGCGAAGGUGAUAUUGCACCAUCUGGAGAGGAGAGAGGGGCUCAGCAGUACCAGAGAGAAGUGAGUAUGUAAAUUAUCUGACCGUUAAGGAGUACCGCCAGUGUUAAGCCAGUAACUGGCACAUGUUGGUCCAGUAGUUAAGGGUAAGAAUGUAGGUGGAGACUGGUUAAUGCUUAGGGUUGUUUUUGGUUAUUACCAUUUUGUAAUGUUCGUUGGUACUUCCCCAGCAGUAGUGUAGCUGCUCCUGUUUUGUUCGUCCGCCAUGAUGUAAAUGAUCAUCACCCAACUGCAAUGUCUGUUCUCUCUGAUCGUUUCUUAGUCC